UCUAACUUAACGUCGUCGGGAAAGCCGGGCUGUCCUGAGUGGGAGUGGCACGGAGCUGCAGGACAUCCUAAAAAGCUGGGUUGCUGCAAGCCGGGUCUGUAAGCUAAUAUCUAAAAAAUGACCACACCAAACAAGACACCUCCUGGUGCUGACCCUAAGCAGUUGGAAAGGACUGGAACAGUGCGGGAAAUUGGGUCACAAGCUGUUUGGUCACUCUCAUCUUGCAAACCAGGAUUUGGAGUGGAUCAGUUACGAGAUGACAAUCUUGAGACUUAUUGGCAAUCAGAUGGCUCCCAGCCUCAUUUGGUAAACAUCCAAUUCAGAAGAAAAACAACAGUGAAGACAUUAUGUAUUUAUGCAGACUACAAAUCUGAUGAAAGCUAUACUCCAAGCAAGAUCUCAGUCAGAGUCGGAAAUAAUUUUCACAAUCUUCAAGAAAUUCGGCAACUUGAAUUGGUGGAACCAAGUGGCUGGAUUCAUGUACCCUUAACUGAUAAUCAUAAGAAGCCAACUCGCACAUUCAUGAUACAGAUUGCAGUUCUAGCCAAUCAUCAAAAUGGAAGAGACACCCACAUGAGACAAAUUAAAAUAUACACACCAGUGGAAGAGAGCUCCAUUGGUAAAUUUCCUAGAUGUACAACUAUCGAUUUCAUGAUGUAUCGUUCAAUAAGGUGACCUUAAUACAGAACAAAAGUCAUUAAACAUAUCUUUGUUUUAUCUCGUCAGUAAAUAUUAUAUCUGGAAUCUUUAUUGAAAACAUCAGUUAUUUUGCAAUUUUGUAUGCAUUGAAGAGUAUUUUAUUGUAACUUUCAUAAAUGGAUUUUGGGUCAUAUAAUUUUUAUUUUCUUUAACAUAUAAUGAAGCUCACAUAUUUUACAUUAUUAAAAAAGGAUUUAAAGCCAAUCAUUAAAUUUUUCAUUAUAUCAAAAGAAAAACAAUUGAACUGAAAAUUUUAAGAGGUAACAUAACUUACCAACUAAGUGAUUAUUGUGAACGUCCAUUAGAGUAAUGGUUUAUUUUGUGUUUGGAAACAAUACUAUGUUUUAUCAAUAAAUACUAUCUUUAAUAGGCCAAAAUUCUUCUUCUUCUUCUUCUUCUUCUUCUUCUUUUUUUUUUUCUUUCUAGAGGAAGCUUAUUCUUUUAAUACUGGGCCUUUUAAAAAACAGUGUCAAAAUAUGCUUAGCAUUAGGUGUCUUAUGAGAACCAUUCUGAUUUGGAGAACAUAGUUAAUUGUGUUGUAAUUACUUCCAUGAAAUACUUUUAAUCCCAGGGUUCUCUGUAUCAUGAUACUGGGUCAGAGAUUGCCAGUAUCAUCUGCUAUUUAUCCCAGUUCUAGUGCUGCUUAUAGAAGAGUUCAAUUCAAAUAUGUGUCUGACACUAAAGCAUUCCUUGAGGGAUAAUGUGUCUCAUAAAAAUUUUUAAAAUGUAUGAGAUUGUUCUUUGUAUACAAAAGUAUUUUAAAGGGGCUUAAAUGUGUUUUCUUUCCAUGGUUUAAAAUGAGUAGAUUUGAUUCUCUAUGGUUUUUUCCCCCUUGUAUCUAUUAAUUUUUAGGAGGAUGAUUAUUUAGCCACAGAACUUGUCCAGAUUAGUUCUUAUUUGGGAAAGACACCUUGGUAGUUUUUGUAUUGCUGAAGCCUGAAGUCUUCAGACUGAAGUCUUAAAUAGUAAAGUUUUCAUUCUUCUCUUUUUAAUUGAAGUAUAGUUAACAUACAAUGUUAUAUUUGUUUCAGGUAUGUAACAAAGUGUUUAACAAUUCUAUAUGUUGCUCAGUGCUCACCAUACAAAGUUAUUGCAAUGUUAUUGACUGUAUUUUCUAUGCUGCACUUUUUACCUCCAGGAUUUAUUUUAUAUCUGAAAGUCUGGAUCUCUUAAUCCUUUUUACCUAUUUCACCCAUUCCCCUAAUCCCCUCCCCUCUGGCAACCACCAGUUUGUUCUCUGAAUUUAAGAGUUUUGUUUUGUUUUGUAGACUACACCUGUAAGUGGAAAUCAGAUGGUCUUUGUCUUUCUCUGUUUGACUUACUUCACUUAGCAUAAUACU